AAGGAAGAGGAGGAGGAGGAGGCCACUGCCCUGGUAUAAGCCCCAUGGAGGCAGAACCCUCUCCAGACCUCAGCAGGUGGUGGAAGCAGCUGGAGACUAGGAAAGAACCAAGCAGUGCAAAGACCCAGGCCGUGGCUCACCACUUUAAAGAUGCAAGCGCCUGUCCUGUCUGCCUGCGUUAUUUUGACAACCCUGUUUACCUGAAAUGUGGAUAUGUCUGCUGUUUCCGAUGCAUGGACAGCAUGCAGAAGAAUCCCCGUGGAGAGGGUCUGCUGUGCCCCCAUUGCUCUGAGGUCUCUGAGGAGAAAGACGUUGAGCAUGCUGUCCAGCUGGGGACGCUGGUUUCCAAGGUGAAAGAACUAGAGCCUCAGAUGAAAGGUGCUCUAAAGAUGAACCCAAGGGUGAGGAAGUUCCAGGUGGACAUGACUUUGGAUGUGGACACAGCCCAUGACCAUCUCAUCAUUUCUGACGACCUGAGGAAGGUCCACUGUGGCUCUGGCAAACAGGGAAGGAAGCAAUGUGCUCAGAGAUUCCAGGUCUCAGUGUGCGUCCUGGGCUCCUCAAGGUUCACUUCCCACUGACAUUACUGGGAAGUAGAUGUGGGAUCAAGCCGAGAAUGGGAUAUAGGCGUUUGCAAAGAAUCCAUUGACCGCACAGAGCCAGUGGUCCUGGCGGAAGGACGGGGCUUCUGGACCGUGGGGCUGCGAAACGGAGAGGUCUAUGCGGCCAGCACAGAGCCCAUGACUCCUCUGCUGGUGAAGAACCCCUGGCUGCGCAGGCUUAGGAUCUUCCUUGACCUGCUGCUGAGGAACAUUUCUUUUUAUGAUGUCAAGGAUGCCUCUGACAUCUUCACAUUCACUGAAAUUCCCUCCUCAGAGCCACUGUGACCAUUCUUUGCUCCUCCAAAUCCAACUCCUGGUCAUCAAGAACCCCUGGGAGCUAGGAGCAGCCACAGCAGCGGACACUGCACUGUCAGCAAGCUCCGGUUCCUCCUGUGA